CUCCCCCAUUUCUCUCUUCCGUCUCUCUCCUUUGGACAAACUCUCGAGAAUCGCUGCCCGCUUCCCUCGGAGCUUGAACGCAAUGGAGACCUUCCUAUUUACCUCUGAGUCUGUGAACGAGGGGCACCCCGACAAGCUCUGCGACCAGGUUUCGGACGCUAUCCUUGAUGCUUGUUUGGCGGAGGACCCUGACAGCAAGGUUGCAUGUGAGACCUGCACCAAGACCAACAUGGUCAUGGUCUUCGGUGAGAUCACCACCAAGGCCAAGGUGGACUAUGAGAAGAUCGUGAGGGAUACUUGCCGGGAAAUUGGCUUUGUCUCUGACAAUGUGGGUCUUGAUGCUGACAACUGCAAGGUCCUCGUGAACAUUGAGCAGCAAAGCCCCGAUAUAGCCCAGGGGGUGCAUGGCCACCUGACUAAGCAGCCUGAGGAGAUUGGUGCUGGAGAUCAGGGCCAUAUGUUUGGAUAUGCCACUGAUGAGACUGCGGAGUUCAUGCCGUUAAGCCACGUGCUGGCCACCAAGCUUGGUGCCCGCCUCACUGAGGUCCGCAAGAACGGGACCUGCCCAUGGCUCAGGCCUGAUGGGAAGACCCAAGUCACUGUUGAGUAUCACAAUGACAAUGGCGCCAUGGUUCCGAUCCGUGUCCACACUGUCCUCAUCUCGACCCAGCAUGAUGAGACUGUGACCAAUGAUGAGAUCGCCGCCGAUCUCAAGGAGCAUGUCAUCAAGCCUGUGAUCCCCCAGAAUUACCUCGAUGAGAAGACCAUCUUCCACCUCAACCCAUCAGGCAGAUUCGUGAUCGGAGGUCCUCACGGAGAUGCCGGUCUCACUGGCCGGAAGAUCAUCAUUGACACCUAUGGCGGGUGGGGAGCCCACGGUGGCGGGGCCUUCUCUGGGAAGGACCCCACCAAGGUUGACAGGAGUGGGGCCUACAUUGUGAGGCAGGCUGCUAAGAGCAUCGUGGCAAGUGGCCUAGCUCGGAGGUGCAUUGUGCAGGUCUCUUAUGCUAUCGGUGUGCCCGAGCCCCUCUCAGUCUUUGUAGACACCUACAAGACUGGGAAGAUCCCCGACAAGGAGAUCCUCAAGAUCGUGAAGGAGAACUUCGACUUCAGGCCCGGGAUGAUCGCAAUCAACUUGGACCUCAAGCGGGGCGGCAAUGGCAGGUUCCUGAAGACUGCUGCCUACGGGCAUUUCGGAAGGGAUGACCCCGACUUCACAUGGGAGGUGGUGAAGCACCUCAAAUGGGAAAAGCCCCAAGCUUAGAGAAGCAGGCGAAAUUAAACCCGCUUAUUUUUUUAUGUUCCUUUUGUUAUCAUUAUUAUUUGGUCCGUUGCCAUUGCUUAGAGAUGUUAUUUUCGGGUUCUUAAGAGUAGAGGGAAAUAUUCUUGAAAGGGGAAAGAAGAAUUGCCUGUGGCGAUGGGAUAAGAUUGAGGUCGGUCUUGUAUUGCUUGUUUACCUAAAUGGCAUAUUACCUUUGUACGACCAUUGCGGUAGUAAUAUUUUAACUAUGGGCUUGCCAAUGAGCAAUAUUUUUGUGGAAUUCCAUAAAGGUCUUGUUCUUGAA